AAUUCAAGUCAGUUUCUUAGGCUUACUGCCUCGCGCCAUGGAUGGGCGAGACGAGCUGACAACGAAGCCCAUCGAGAUCAAGUUCUCGAGCUGCCGUGGCGUCACCUUCGAGCCCAAGCCCUCGCCGGCGAGCCCCUUCGCCAUCGCCGCCGCCGCCGCCGCCGCAUGCCCUGCCAAGCCGCCACCGGCGGCGCCGAGCACCGGAAGGUGGAUCUGGCUGCCUCUACUGUCGUCGAGCCGUUACUCCUCCUUCUCUAGGAUCAUUCCGGCGAAGCCGGACUGCGGCGUUGGACGGUCGCAGAGCCGCGCCAGCAGCCACUUCUGCGACCUCGACGUCGCCGGCGACGAGGAGGAGGAUGAUGGCGUGUCCGUCUUUGACGGCCACGACGAGGAGAUGGCUGUCGCCGCGGCCGCAGCUGCCGACGUCGAGGAUGAUUUGAAAGGGAAGAAGAAGCCGAGCGUGUCGGCGGCGGCGGCGGCGGCGCCGGCCACCGCCAGGCGAUCGAGGCUCGCCGUCAUACUGUUCGACCAGGGACUGUUCACCGUGUACAAGCGCCUCUUCGUGCUCUGCGUCGCGCUGAACGCGGCGGCGGUCGCGCUCGCGGCGUCCGGCCAUUUCCCGUACGCGGAGCGGCGCGCCGCCGUCUUCGCCAUGGGCAACAUCCUGGCGCUCACGCUGUGCCGCUCCGAGGCGGCGCUCCGCGUCGUGUUCUGGCUCGCCGUCGCGCUCCUCGGCCGGCCGUGGGUGCCGGUCGUCGCCAAGACGGGCGUCACGGCGAUCCUCCAGUCCCUCGGCGGCGUCCACAGCGGCUGCGGCGUGUCCUCCGUCGCGUGGCUGGCCUACGCGCUCGUCCAGGCGCUCCGGCGCCGCGACGAGAUGCCGCCGGAGAUCGUCGCCGUCGCGUCGGCCAUCCUCUUCCUGCUCGCGCUCUCCUGCGCGGCGGCGUUCCCGCUCGUGCGCCACCUCCACCACAACGUGUUCGAGCGGACGCACCGGUUCGCCGGCUGGGGCGCGCUCGCCCUGCUCUGGACGUUCGUCGUGCUCUCCGCCGGCUACGACCGGGAGGCCAGGUCCUACGUCCCGCUCGCCGGCGCCGUCCUCGCGGGGCGCGAGGACAUCAGGCUCGCGGCCGCCAUCACCUUCUUCACCACCCUCCCGUGGCUCACCGUGCGCCGCGUGCCGGUGACGGUGACCGCGCCGUCCACCCACGCGGCGAUCCUGACCUUCCAGGGCGGCGUCAGGGCGGGCCUCCUCGGCCGCAUCAGCCGCUCGCCGCUCUCCGAGUGGCACGCCUUCGGCAUCAUCUCCGACGGGCGGCGCACCCACGCGAUGCUCGCCGGCGCCGUCGGCGACUUCACCCGUGGCCUCGUCGCCGACCCGCCGACCCACCUCUGGGUUCGCGGCGUCCACUUCGCCGGCCUCCCGUACCUCAUCGGCAUGUACCGGCGGGCGACCAUGGUGGCGACGGGGUCGGGCAUCUGCGUGUUCCUGUCGCUGCUGAUGCAGCCGAGCACGACGACGGCGACGGAGCUGUCGCUGGUGUGGGUGGCGAAGGGCGUCGAGGCGAACUACGGCGAGGAGAUCAGGGCGGCGGUGGCGGCGGCGGCGGGCGGCAAGAGCAUGGCGGGGCGGGUGGUGGUGCACGACACGGCGGUGAUGGGGCGGCCGGACGUGCGGGAGCUCGCCGUGGCGGCGGCGCGGCGGUGGGGCGCGGAGGUGGUGGUGGUGACGAGCAACCCGGAGGGGAGCAGGGACGUGGUGAGCGGGUGCAGGAAGGCCGGCAUCCCGGCGUUCGGGCCUAUAUGGGAUUCAUGAAUUUGCAUGCGUUUGGAACGAGAAAACGAAGGGCAAAAGCGUUCAAAAGGAGGGAGAAAAGAACCGAGAAAAUUAAGGUUGUGUUUGUUUUUACCCUUUGUGUGUCAAAUUCAAAUAAUUAUAUAUUUAUAUAUUGUACAUAUAUACAAGUAACACUUGGCAGUUUCUAUUCAGAUGGUGGUUAAUUAAUUAGCGCUAAAAAAUGCGUGGUAACCCUGGUACCAUCAA